AUGACAACACCGAAUGAAUCAAGAAAAUGUAAUUUUUCACCAAUUUUUAUUCCACGACCUCCACCACCGGAUUUAUUAUUUCCACAUUUAUGGGGAAUAGAAAAAAAUUGCAAUCAUUCAUUGUCUUCACUAUCUUCUUCAGUUUCCUCUUCCUUGUCGUCAUCAUCAUCAUCAUCAUCAUCAUCAUCAUCAUCAUCAUCAUCAACAUCAUCAUCACCGUCAAUGUCUCUAUCCUCAUUAAUAUCCACAUCAGUUUAUACAACUAAUUGUUCAACAUCUUAUACAUAUUCAAAUCAACAUAAUCCUAUUGCAAAUAUAGGUAAUUUAUCAAAUAAAAAGAGACUAUCUGCAUUUAAUCCAUUACCAAUGAAUUUAAGUACAAAUAUGAAUAUACUCAAUAAACGAGAAUUUCCUUUCAAUAAUAAUCAAGAGUUUACUUCGAAUCCAUUGACUUCAUAUUGUAAUCCUUUAUGGUUAGAUUAUUAUUAUUAUUAUCAUCAUCAUCGUCGUCGUGGUCAUCAUGAUCUUCAUGAUCCACAGAAUCAUUAUCAUUCACAAUCGAAUUAUCAUUAUGAAUUGAAUAGACCAACAAAAGUAUUUUUAACUAAUGAUAAUUACAAUCAAUUAACAAUGAUUAAUAAUAAUAAUGAAGAAGAAAAUAAUAAUUCAUUAUACAAUCAUCAAUCAAAACUUAAAUUUAUAAAGCAUUUGAAUGAAGAAAAUGUUAGUACUACUACUACUACCACUACGACGACGACAACGACAACAACGUCGGUGACGACAACGACAACGACGAUGACGACUACUACUACAUCCAUUUCAACAAUACCGAUAAUUGAUACUACUCCUAACAUAUUUAUGAAUUUAAAUGAUAAAUUUAAUGUUAAAACAUGUAAAUCUACAAAAAUUAUUUCACAAUUUAAUAAAUAUGAUCCAUCUUUAAAAUAUCAUAAAUCAAUAAAAAAACGGAACAAACAAUCGAUAAUCGAUAAUCAUAAUCAUAAUAAUAAAUCUAUACAAAUGACUCUUGACAACAAUGUAAACCAAAUAGAUAUAUGUACAAAUAUUGAUUAUGAUAAUAAUCCUGAUCAUGAUCCUGACAAUGAUCUGAUUCAGAAUAAUAAUAAUCAUAAUAAUAAUAAAGUAAAACCAAUGGAUGGAUACUCAACUAUAGAUGAUGAAGAUUAUGAAUUAGAUGAUGAACAAGAUGAUAAUGAAGAACAACAACAACUUAAUAAUUAUAAUAUAGAAAUUCAAUUAAAAUCAAAUCAAUUCAUGGAAUGUGUUGUAUGUGGUGAUAAAAGUAGCGGAAAACAUUAUGGUCAACAUACAUGUGAAGGAUGUAAAAGUUUUUUUAAACGUUCUGUAAGACGUCAAUUAAAUUAUACAUGUCGUAGUAAUAAACAAUGUCCAAUUGAUAUACAUCAUCGUAAUCAAUGUCAAUAUUGUCGUUUUCAAAAAUGUAUACAAGUUGGAAUGCGUAAAGAAGCUGUUCAACAAGGUCGUUUGUCUACAUUUCCAUUAUUAUAUCAUUCAUAUUUUGGUUUAUCUAAUUUUCUUACUACCAAUUCAUUGACACCAAUUCAUCAUCAUAUGAUAGGAUCAAAUAUUACGCAAUUAAUCAAUAUGUUAUUAGUUGCUGAGCAUCAUUCAUAUCAAUAUUUAAAUAAUGAACAAUUUAUGUAUUAUCUUAAUUUUGUUUUAAACAAAUCGAAAACAAUAACAGAAUUACACAAAUGUAAUCCACACAUUAAAUCUUUUGAUAUGUUUAACUUAACUACUUAUAACGAUAUAAGUAGCAAUAAUGAUAGUAAUAAUAAUAAUCAUUCAUUAAUAGAUUCAUCUUCAAUUACUUCAACAAUUAAAGCUGUUGGAAAAUCUUUAUCAAGAGAAGAACAAUCAUUCAUGACCAAUAUGAAAUGUAAUCAAAAAUCAACAAUAUUAAAUGAGAUAACUAAUUCUACAAUGAAUUAUUUAUUAGUUAUGAUUGAAUGGGCAAAGAAUAUAAGUUUGUUUACUGAUUUACAACCAAGUGAUCAAUUGAUUUUAUUGAAUAAUUCGUGGCCAGAAUUAUUUAUGCUCUAUUUGGCUCAAAUUUAUAAUAAUUCGCUGAUUACGUCAUCAUUCAAUUACAAUAAUAAUAAUAAUAAUAAUAAUAAUAAUAAUAAUAAUAAUAAUAAUAAUAAUAAUAAUCAGUUCAUUACAUGGAACUUGGGGUAUCAAUCUAAAAACGGUUCCCCUAGUGAUAAUCUUUUCAAUGGAGAAUUGAAAAAUUUUAUUGAUUUGAUAAAUUCUAAACAAACACAAAUGGAUGAAAGGGUUCAAUUGACUAAAGAUCCUUUAAAAGACUCAUCUAAUUUAUUAUUAUUAUUCAAUCAACAAUAUUCAAUGGAAUUUCAAGAUCAAUUAGAACGAAUACAACAAUUGAAUUUGGAUCAAUCUGAAUAUGUUUGUUUAAAAGCAUUAAUUUUAUUUAACUCUGAAGCUCCUGGUCUCAAAGAUCAAAAUCUUGUCGAUUCUAUUCAAGAAAGAAUUCAAUGUGCAUUAGAAGAAUAUGAUAAAUAUAAUUAUUCUCAUUAUCAACCAUUUCGAUUUGGUCGAUUACUUCUACGAUUGCCUAAAUUAAAACAAACUGUUUCAUCACCUGUAUCAUUACAAUGGUUACAACAAAGUUUUUUUCCAUCGCUUCAUCUAAAUAGUCAUAAAAGUUUUGAAUUAUUCAUUGAAGAACUCAUUGAAAAAGAACUUUAUUCAAAUAAAUCUAGUUUAUCAUUAAGACAUAAUCAUAAUAUGUUGAAUACUGGAGAAUAUUCUCAUACUUCACAUUCAUUAUUACCAUUACCAUUUUCUUUGCCAUCAUUAUCAUCUUUGUCAUCAUCACCUUUAUCUUCAGAAAAAGUAGAGAACUCUUUUAUCCCAUUGUUUACUUGUCAUACAGAUUACCUAAAUAAGUUUUCGUCUGGAUUAUUUCUACCGAAACAUUCAAUGUCUAAACCCUUUCCUUCUACUACACAUAUUGACAGUCCUAUAUACAAUCGUGAACAUAGAAAUAACAAUGAAUUUCUUGAUUUAAUUCAUAAUUCUCCACAAAGAGAUUCAACAUUGUUUUCAAAUUUAAUAAAAUCUACACCUAAGAAUGAUCAUUGUACGGAUAGAAUUAUCGAAACAAUGAAUCAUGGUAACCAAAAUGACGAUACUAUUUAUAGUAGUAUAAAUAGGAUAACAACAGAAUCUUCACCAUCCUCCUCCUCAUUAUCCUCAUCCUCAUCAUCUUCAUUGAAUCCUUCCAAAUUAAAUUUAAAUAAUCAUCAUCAUCAAGCUUCAAUGGAAAGCUUUAAUAGAACAAUGAGUUCAUUUCCUUUAAACAAUAUAGAACAUAUUGAAUCUAAUCAUGAAUUCAAUCAUUUACAUAAAGAUUAUACAGAGUUAUUUACUAAUGAUUUAUUCAAUUUAUUAUUAAUAAAUAAGAAAAAUUCUAAUUUACAAAUUUAUUAUUCAUUAUUACGUAAACAUUUGAAUUCAUUACAUAAUUGUACAUCAUAGUUACAAACAAACAAACAGAUAGACAGACAGACAGACAAACAGGCAUACAGACACACAGAUAGACAGACAAACAAACUGGUUGUAAAUACUUGAUGAAUUGACUUUAGAAUAAAUAAAAC